AGCACUACCCCCACCCGCCAUCUCAGGAUCCAGAAAACUAGUUUAUUUUUUAUUUCAUUGAAGAAAUACAGACACAAAUACACACAUACACUGUUUAAUGGCAAUCGAAGAUGCAAAUGUCAAAUACGAAGAGGAAUUUAUUACAAAUUCAAAGGGUGUGAAGCUUUUUACGUGCAGAUGGCUGCCAGUUGAUUGCGAACCGAAAGCUUUAGUCUUUCUUAACCAUGGAUAUGCCAUGGAGUGUAGUUUCUCCAUGAAAGGACCUGCAAUGAGGCUUGUAAAGGCAAGAUUUGGAGUUUAUGGAAUAGAUUGUCAAGGGCAUGGAAAAUCCGAUGGAGUUCAGGGUUACAUCCCUUCUUUCAGUGAUCUGGUUGACGACUCUUCUGAUUUUUUCACAAGCGUUUGUGAAAAGCAAGAAAAUAAAAAUAAAUUGAGGGUAUUGCUUGGAGAAUCCAUGGGGGGAGCAAUGGUUCUGAGGUUACAUAUGAAGAAACCACAGUUCUGGGACGGUGGAGUCUUGGUUGCACCCAUGUGUAAGCUUUCUGACGAUAUGAAACCACCACAAAUUGUGGUAAGCAUAUUAUCACACCUUACAAGAAUCAUACCGACGUGGAGAAUAGUCCCUGGUCAAGAUAUUAUUGAACUAGCCUUUAGAGAUCCUAAAAUUAGAGAGGAGGUUCGUAACAACCCAUUAUGUUACAAAGGUCGUGUACGCCUGCAAACUGCUAAUGAAUUAUAUGGUGUCACCACAAACCUCGAAACAAGACUCCAAGAGGUGAAACUGCCAUUUUUCCUUGCACAUGGAGGCGACGACAAGGUGACAGACCCCACAGCAAGCAAACUUUUGUAUGAGAAAGCAUCUAGUACUGACAAGACAUUUAAGCUGUACCCGGGGAUGUGGCAUGCUUUGACUUACGGGGAAUUUAGUGAAAACACUGAUAUUGUGUUUGCUGACAUUAUUACUUGGAUCAAUGAGAAAAUUGCUCAAGGAAACUCGAGAAUGGAGAGGGAGCAAAAGAAGAAUAAUGAUGAGUCGAGUAAAAAGAAUGCUAAUUAGGGUUUACACUUGUAUAAGAAGUCAAUAGUAAGAACCUUGUAUUCUUGCAUUUCCUUAUAUAAAAAUCAUAAUGCCUCCAUUUCCGAGGUGUGUACCAAAUCUUGC